UGCCGAGACGGACAGAUCGGCUGUCUGCCCCGCUGCAACCUGGACCUGCUGCUCCCCGGCCCCGACUGCCCGUUCCCCAGGAAAAUCGAAGUCCCCGGAGAGUGCUGUGAGAAGUGGAUCUGCGACCCUAAGGACGAAGUGAUUUUGGGAGGUUUUGCUAUGGCCGCCUACAGACAAGAGGCUACGCUCGGGAUCGAUGUGUCGGAUUCAAGUGCCAAUUGUAUUGAGCAGACAACAGAAUGGAGUGCUUGUUCCAAAAGCUGUGGAAUGGGCUUUUCCACCCGUGUUACCAACAGAAAUCAACAGUGUGAGAUGGUGAAGCAGACACGGCUUUGCAUGAUAAGACCUUGUGAAAAUGAAGAGCCGUCUGAUAAGAAAGGGAAGAAAUGUGUCCGAACAACGAAGUCCCUGAAAGCUGUUCGUUUUGAAUACAAGAACUGCACCAGUGUGCAGACAUACAAACCUCGUUAUUGUGGCCUCUGCAAUGAUGGGCGAUGCUGUACCCCACACAACACUAAAACAAUUCAAGUUGAGUUCCGCUGUCCUCAGGGCAAAGGCCUAAAAAAGCCAAUGAUGUUGAUCAACACCUGUGUCUGUCAUAAUAACUGUCCUCAGAGUAACAAUGCUUUCUUCCAGCCAUUAGAUCCAACAUCUAGUGAAGCAAAAAUAUGA